AUGGAAUGGCCCGCUUUGCAGGGCCAGGAGCUGCAAAAGCUGAAAGGAGUAUUCGCCACUCCGCAGAAGUUGGAGGCAGCUUUUGAUACACUUGCACAAGCAGCCGAGCUGGUCGAAGUUUUCUUGCCAGGUACAAGUCCCGAAGGGCGACGAGAGCGUGCUCAACUUCUUGUGGACUGGGCCGGGAGACAGGGACAGCUCGUUAAGCGUCUGAGGAGAGAGUCAUUCCAAGGACUUUGGGAGUCUUUACCUGUGCGUAGUGUACAUGCUGAUGUCAGCAAGAGAUUUGAUGAGUUGGCUAGACAGAAUCCACUGUCUCUUUUGCCUGGUUUGGAACGCAGACGCCGAGCAGCAAGGACAAAUCUGGAUUCCGCAAAAAGAGCGCAACAGGAGAGUGAUGAGCGUGAGAAAUACACAUUGCUGUUGGCAGAGGUUAUAAGGCAAGCCAAGUUGCCAGUGGUGGCGCAGUUAGAUGCUGUCAACGAUGACGGGAGGUCCUGGAAGCGCAUCUUUGGGACGAGACGUAGCAAGACGCUGCGUAAUCGGUUUCGUUCUUGGAGGGCCUUUUCACGUUGGCUGGAGACAUCGUAUCAUAAGGUCUGGCCAUCAAGCAUUGUUCCAUUGCUGGAGUAUGCGGAUGAGAAAUACAAUGACGAUUGUGGGAAAACUGUUUUGCCUAACUUUCAAGCAGCGUUGACUGUGUUGGAACAGGCCGGGAGGGUACCGGAAGCUGAGAUGCUCUCGCGAGACCCUACCUGGUUGAUGCAGCUAGCAUCUUAUACAGCAGAUCUGGAGGCAGCGCAGCCCGAGCGCAAGCAGGCUCCGCUGUUUACUGUGGCCAUCGUUGUCGCGCUAGAACUGUAUGUCUGCCUUGAGAGCGAACCUGAAUAUGCACGUGCUAUGGGCUGGGUCGUAUUGUUGAUGGUGUAUGCCUCGCUGCGGGCCGAUGAUGUUCAAGCCAUUCGACCGGAGACGAUGGAGAUCACCGUUUCUGGCUUCAGGGCAAAGCUGGGACGCACAAAGACGACAGUAUACAUCUUCGUAAAGCGUGAUGUUGGUCUUUCAGGUCAGGAUUGGUUAGCGACUGGUUUUGAGCUGUGGGAAAAGUACAAGCAACCACGUGAUUUUCUGGUCUUGGAAGCAAAUAAGGGUUGGACGGCGCCGACCAGCAAGGGUGUUGACAGUUCUGGUGUGGCUCUUUACAUGAAGUCAGUCCUUGGCAGAUUGGGAACACCCAGGCUGGUCAGUGGGAGUUACAGGCUCAACGAGCAUCGAGGUCUACUUCCUGAUGGAGCCUACAGGAUGUACACUGGACACUCGCCUAGAAACUUUCUGGCCUCCGUGGCAGCAGCUAUAGGUGUGCGAAAGGAAGACAUCGAUUGGCUCAUAAGCAUGAGAGUUUGCCAUGCACAUCACAAGUACUUACCCGUUAUGUCCGACUGCCAUGGAUCGGUGCCAGAGAUGACCCCUGAUGGUCUCAAGGUUGGCAAAGACCUGGAGGUGGCAAAAGGGCCCGUCGUCUUCGAUGCCUACAAAGCUUUCCAUUUCACCCUAGCGUGGGAGGGCGAGCGCCUGGUGGUGGUGGCUUACGUCACUGACCACUUGGACACACUGAAAGACGUUGAGAAGCAGGUUUUGGAGCGGCAGGGCUUUCAGCUGCCUUCACAGGAAGCUGAGACUUCGGAGGCCAUUGAGCUAGAGUUAGAGUUUGGAGUGCCCCAUGGUCGCUCACAACCGGGAGCUGAACCCGUCUUCAAGCCUGAGCUCUGCGGGAACCGUGGGCUUCCACUACAAGCAGAGUGGGAGGGCAAGAAGGAGCCACUCAAUGACGGAUUAGGAUUGUGCUCACCUACAUGCUGGCGGCCGGCGGAUAAGGGGGCCACUCUUUCCCCGUCAAGCGUGGUGCUCUGCCGAGAUAUGUACCAGAUGUGCAUGGAGUUCGUGGGGCGAAAUGUCAGCUCUCCCAAGGAACUUUGCGAAAAACUGGCCGCCGGAGAAAUCACGGAGUCACCUUUCGGCGAUGAGGAGAUGCAGCAACUGCGAGAAAAGUGGUGUCGGCGAGUCGGUGGAGAUGACUGGAAACAUUGUAUGGAGAUUCCUAAAGGACAACCCUUUCUCUUGAAAGCGGUGGCUAGGACUGCAGAGGUGAUGGGCGACCCCGACUGGGCCUCCAUAACCGAGGGCACGGACAACUUCUGCACUGGGGUACCCAUAGGUUUUGGCGAGGCGCUGCCCAGGUUGCCCCAAGUCUUCGAGCCGAAAGCGAAGUGGAGAAAGUUCGACGAGGAUCUCCCGGAGCGGGAUCGCUCCAACUACACCAGUGCGUCCUUAAACUCGCAGCAGCUGCUAGAGAAGUUUCGAGAGGAAGUGGAGCUCGGUCGGAUGGAAGCUUCGACGCAUGGAGCGUUGAAGCAGCGCUAUGGUGAGGAGAAUCUACGCAUAGCCUCCAUGGGUGCCAUCCAGAAACCCGAUGGAUCCGUGAGACCGGUUCAUGACGGGACCCACGGAUUACACGUGAAUCAGUCCAUAACUCAGCACAACCUUCUUUCAGUUCCGGGUCCUGGAGAGCUAGCCCUACUUGUCAGACAAUCCCAGGAGCAAGUUGAGACACCCUUUGCCUUGGCUGGGGACGUGGCCGCCGCCCGCCGCUUGGUGCUGGUGCGCGAAAGAGACUGGGGGCUCCUGGCCUGCCGUGCGGAAGCUGGGAGCGACACCGUCUUCGUGAACCGAGUCGGAACAUUUGGAAUCUCAUCUGUUUUGUUCUGGUGGGCUCGCCUUUUCGGCGUAAUAGGCAGGGUGGUGGGGCGCGCCAUGCUCAACCACUUCUUCUUUCAAUUGGUUUUCGUAGACGACCUACACACCAAUUUCUUUGGACACCGGAAGUAUGUCAACGCUCUGAUCUGGCUGGUACUUUAUCUUAUGGCAGGAACACCUUUUGCCUGGAAAAAGUUUAAAGGCGGAGCCAGGAUCGCCUUCAUUGGCUAUGAGCUGGAUUACACGGCCCGACUGGUGGGGUGGUUGAAACCGCACCUGGCACCCCUUUAUGCCUGGUCAUCGGCCACGCGUAGAUGCUCGGUCGGGAAGCUUCCUGACACGGUGAUCUUGACUCUCCUCUACAUCGAGGAAGCUCUCGUAGCCAAGGACUACAAAGUGUCCCCUGCCAGGGUGGACCCAAGUGACAAGCCUCUCUUCUUCACCGAUGCAAAAUGCGAAGAUGGCCUGGUUGUGCUUGGGGGCUGGGAUGCAACAUGUCCCUUGGGCAGGUCACGCUGGUUCUCAAUUGAGGUGCGACCACAUGAGGCACCUUACUUGUUCGACGAGGAGCAGAAGUCACAGUGGGCAUCUGCGUCUGCGGAGCUCUUGGCAACUUUAGCUGCGCUAUACUUGUUCGGACAUUUGGGAGAACCCACCAGGGUACGACAGCUCCCAGUCGUUUUCACCACUGACAACAAGGGCAACGAGUCUUUGUCCAAAAAGCAAAGCGCAACGAGGUGGCCGCUCAUGCUCAUAAACAUGCAGCUGUCACAUUUGCUCGCCCUAUCUAGAAUCAGGCUAGCUCUGAACUGGCGUCCGAGGGGUGAAAAUCAGCUUGCGGAUGAUCUCACUAACGCCAGGUUCAGCUCCUUCAAUCCCGAAUUCAGAUGUUUCAGCUCAUUCAGCGACCUUCCUCUCGAGUUGCUCAGCAAGCUUUAG